AUGUCGCCUCUUCUCGACAUUCAACAUGAGCCGCACCAACUCGGCACAGUUUCCGCGUGUAAACCAGAGCCUGCGACCGCUCGACUUGUCCGCUCGGCUCGAGUCCCUCGCCUCAACUGGGACGAUCUUCGCGUUCCGGCUGGCAAAGUCGAACAUGACUCGAGGCAGUUGGGACGAGGCAUUCUCGUGCCAGUCCACAUUGGCUGCUAG